GCUGACUCGUGGAGGAAUGGGAUGUCGGGACAGCAAAGAUGUCCGCGCUCAUUUGAAAACCUGCUAUAGGCGAAUACGGAAUUUGCCACUUGUUUUUAUGUUUGUGGGGUGACAACGUUGUGCUCAAGCGAGACGCAUUGAAAGGAAAGAUAAGGACUCCGCGACAAGGGCCAGACUAUUCCUUAUUAUCAGAAAUAAUGCUGAUAUCUGAAACUCAUGUCGGAAGUCGUGUAUGAAGAGACAGCCACGAUGAUUGCCGCAGGGGAAUUGCAGUCAUUUGUCCCGUUUGGCCGCGAGCAUUGCAGGAACCAUCCAAACGCCUUCAACCUGCAGCUCAGAGAGCUCCAGCCUGCCUCCGAGCUGUGGGCAUCAGAUGGUGCUGCUGGCCUGGUGGGGUCCCUGCAGGAAGUCAGUCUGCAGGAGAGAGAGAGGGAAUUUUGGCAGCUUAGGAAGGGCUGCAAGGGAGUCAAAGAGGAAGAUGUGGAAUUUGAAGAAGAACUCUAUGCAGCAGGAAACGUGGUUGUCUGGAGCCAGGGUAGUAGGGCUCAAGCUUCCAGUGUAUAUAAGGCCUUCACUGUUGACAGCCCAGUGCAGCAGGCCUUGUGGUGCAACUUUGCUGCUCCUCACAAGAAGAAUGAUGAUGAAGAAGUGGAGCUCACAGUGUGUAUUGUCCAGAGUAGCUGUGUUAAUGUUCACACCAUGACUGGAAAAGACUUCAUCUCACCACUGCCCUUCCAGGUGUCAAAUGUGUGGGCAACAAAGUUUGGACUUCUUAUGGAACGUAAAAACACAGCAAAUGAUGCACAUUUCAGCCCCCCUGGGGAACCUCUGCCCACAGUUUUCAGCAUGCUGCAUCCUCUAGAUGAGAUCGCACCAGUUGUGUGUAAACCUGCAGGCCUGUUUGAAGGCUCCCGUGUGCAGUAUGUGUCUGACUCGGCCAUGAAGAUAGUGUUCACCUGCUGUCAGCCGUCUAUAGUUGUAUCAUAUGACACAGUUCAAGGAAUACACUCUGUCUGGACUCUGCGCAAAGUCACACAUGAUGAGCGCUCUACAGUCCUGCGGUGUCCGGCAGAACCGGUUGGGACACCGUUGGGUCUGAUGGCUUCAGGCUUUCUCACUUCUCAUUUGCGGAAUGUCUCCCGUCAUGACUCCCCUGGUGGCACUGGUCCAAGUGGGCAUGGUCUUGGGACUGGAACAAGUGCUGUUGGUUCCAGCUCUCCCCUCCACUACAGUGCUUUGCACAGCCACCAGAGCAGGAUUGUCACUUCCUCACCAGGAACUCACUCUCGAGUUCAUUCUCCGAGUAUAUCCAACAUGGCCGCCCUCAGCCGUGCCCACUCUCCAGGCAUGGCAGCUCCAUCCUUUUCAGGUGUGGCUCGUUUCAACACGUCUUUGCACAGCUCAUCCCCCAGGGGGCACCAUGGGUUGUUAGCAUCUCCCAACAGUACUAUCAAUGAGACAGUGUUGGUCCCAGAGAUGGAACCUAUCAUACCUGACCUCUGCAUGGAGCAGCUAUGGAGUGAGGCGGUCACUGCUGGCUCCAACAGGGAAAUGAGCAGCCAGGCAUCUAAAGUAUUCCUGACCUCUGAUCUCUGUGAGAAUCAUUACUUGUGUUUCCUGGUGGAAUCUCACCAACAGCUCAGAUGUGUGAAGUUUAUUGAGAGCAAUGAUACGUCACAGCUCAUCUUCCCCUCUGUCACAACCAUCCCUGCUAAAGAUGCGGAGCCUCUGCAGAAUAUAGAUGCCAUGCUAGUUCUGGAGGCCUGUGGUAGUUUGGUUCUCUAUACAGGAAUCACCAGGGUCAGCAAGGUGUUUGUGCCUGGACUGUUGUCACCCUCCUUCAGCCUGACCAAUCACCUCCCUCACCGCAGCACUCCAGUGGAAACUGUUAGCACACCUGCUAACGCUGGCAGUAGGCAUCUCCAAAGACUUGAUGAGGAUGCCAUGCCUUCACCAGUGACAGGGCUAAGGGGUCCAAACAUUAAACACCAUGAUGCUUCCUUUUUGGAGGAUUACACAUUUCAGCCAGCCACACCCUACAUCAAUGCCUUACGUGAUCCUGUCUGCAACCGGGUGACUCUGGAACUAAGCAUUGGCACAAUGCUGAGGAUUUCUAUCCCAGAGAUUGCUACUUCAGACCUGGUGAGAAAGUGCCUUGAGGCAAUUCGUUUUAUCCUGCCUAAGGAAGCUGCUAUGAAGGUUUUGGUGAAAUGGUAUAACAUCUACAAUGCACCUGGAGGUCCCAGUGCCCACACAGAGUGGAGCCUGUUUGUCACCUGCUUCAUGACACUGAUGGGCUACAACACCGAGCGCCUGACCUGGACACGAAAUCUGCAUUUUGAAAUGCCUCUCUCUCCAGUGAUUGCAGCCAAGAAGGCUCGUCCCUCCGAUGGAGGUUCUGAUGAGGACUGGGACUACUUGAUGGGGUCCCAUUACCACCGUCAGAUGAAUUUCUUGCCCGUUGCCACUUCACUGGAUGCCAGUGACGGCAAUAGUACAGUCACUUCAGAAACUGAAGGCCUGUGCGCUGCUUCUUCUCCCCCCAGUCCAUCUCUGAAGUUGGACAGUUCAGCUCCUCUGUUCCCUCACAUCCCUGCACUCUUCUAUGUCCUCCAUCUGCUCUAUCAGGAACUGCAGCUGGAUGAGCUGCAGCGAGCGAGAGCUUCAUCACUAGUCUGCCUGCUGCAACAGCUGGCUAGAGAUCUUCAGCUUGAAGAGUAUGUGGAUCUGUACUGGAGAGACUACCCUUCAAUAAUUAGUGGCUUCACUGAGAGCUGCUUGAUAGACCAGGCACUGAUUUGCCAAAUGCAGCGGCCGUCUUUCCUGAGACCAGAGCCUCCCUGUGUGUUCAGCUGGCUCAGUAGCUGCUUAAGAGGAGAGGAGAGCCCACCUUUCCCCUACCUGCCGGGUAUCUGCCAGAGGACCAGACUGCUGGUUGUGAGUUAUGCUCUCUAUGUCAUUGGAGAUGAAAAUGCUACUUCAACAGAUGUAUCCAAGUACCUAGCCAAACUUUCUGCAGGCCAGAAAUCCUCUGUCACUGAACCCCAAAUAAGAAGACAGAGCAGUGUUAAAGUGAUGUCCUCCAGUGAAAAUCUGGCUGAGCAGCUGGUGGUCUGGCUCACCUCACAGGGUUUCACCCUGAAAGAUUUGGAGUCGGUCCCCUUUGGUGUGGCUUUGCCUAUUAGAGAGGCAAUCUAUCGGUGCCGUGAGCAGCCGUGUUCUGAUUGGUCAGAGGAGGUCUGUCUUCUGAUUGGAAGACAAGAUCUUACCAAACAAGCCCACAAAAUGACCCUUGCCAAGAGCAAAGCUUCUGUAAGUUCAGGCCUGUCCUUGGAACCUCCUGCAACCACAGAACCAGAUGAGGAGGAGGAUGGGAUGUCAGACAUUGUUCAAGAGGUCACAGGACUGAUUUGGAGUCAGGAUCUGAGGGUCCAAGAGGUCAGGAGGCUUCUGCAGAGCUCCAGACCUGUCCGGGUUAGUGUUGUCCAGCUGCCAGAGGUGUCUGACCAUGAGUACAUAGAGGAGAAAGAGAACAAACUCCUGCAGCUGUGUCAAAGGACCAUGGCCCUGCCAGUUGGCAGGGGCCUCUUCACUCUCUUCUCUUAUCACCCAGUACCGACUGAACCUUUACCUGUCCCAAAACUCAACCUCACAGGCCGUGCCCUUCCGAGGAAUACUGUGGUAGAUCUGAACAGCGGAAACAUUGAUGUUCCUCCCAAUAUGACUAGCUGGCCCAGUUUUCAUAACGGAGUAGCUGCUGGGCUUAAAAUAGCCCCUGCCUCACAGGUGGACUCAGCCUGGAUUGCCUACAACAAGCCAAAGAGCCCUGAGCUGGCUAAUGAGUAUGCAGGCUUCCUUAUGGCGUUGGGACUCAAUGGACACCUCACCAAGUUGGCCACGCUGAACAUACAUGACUACCUCACAAAGGGCCAUGAAAUGACCAGCAUUGGGCUCCUCCUGGGUGUGUCUUCAGCCAAACUGGGCACCAUGGACAUGUCGAUCACUCGCCUACUUGGCAUACACAUUCCUGCCCUUCUCCCGCCCACUUCCACUGAGCUGGACGUGCCACACAAUGUUCAGGUUGCAGCUGUAAUUGGCAUCGGGCUGGUGUACCAAGGAACGGGCCAUAGACACAAUGCUGAAGUCUUGCUGUCUGAGAUAGGUCGACCCCCUGGACCAGAGAUGGAAUAUUGUACAGACAGAGAGUCCUAUUCGUUAGCAGCUGGGCUCGCUCUUGGUAUGGUCUGUCUGGGGCAUGGCAGCAACCUGAUUGGGAUGACAGACCUGAAUGUCCCUGAGCAGUUGUAUCAGUACAUGGUUGGGGGACAUCGCAGAGCUCAGGCUGGGGCCAACCGGGAGAGGCACAAAUCCCCCAGCUACCAAAUCAAGGAGGGUGACACUAUUAAUGUAGAUGUGACAUGUCCAGGCGCUACGCUAGCCCUCGCCAUGAUCUACCUCAAGACCAACAACAGGUCGAUUGCUGAUUGGCUGAAACCUCCAGAUACUUUGUUCCUCCUGGACUUCAUUAAACCAGAGUUUCUGCUGCUGAGGACUCUGGCCCGGUGUAUUAUCAUGUGGGAUGAAAUCCUGCCUAAUACUAUCUGGGUCAAGAGUAACAUCCCACAGAUCAUGAGAGGGACUUUUGACCCUUCAGAGGACAUUAACAUGGAGACGAUGGCCCAAGCCCAAGACUACAUUACAGCUGGGGCCUGUUUGGCACUUGGUUUACGGUUUGCUGGCUCUGCCAACUCUGAUGCCUUUGACUGCCUUUAUAGCUUGGCCAGGACCCACAUGACAAUCAUGUCCUUUGCUGGUACAGCUGCUGUGGGUGCUCACACAUUUUACAACCUCCAGACCUGCCUGUCAAUGAUUCUGCUGGCUAUGUCCAUGGUGAUGUCUGGUACAGGAAACCUGAAGGUCCUGCAGCUUUGUCGUUUCUUCCACAAGCGGACUGGUGGUGAAAUGAACUAUGGCUUCCACAUGGCUCAUCACAUGGCACUGGGUCUGCUCUUUCUGGGAGGAGGCAGGUACACCCUCAGUACCUCCAAUUCAGCCAUCGCUGCUCUGCUGUGUGCCCUGUAUCCACACUUCCCUGCUCACAGCACUGACAACCGCUACCACCUGCAGGCCCUUCGGCACCUGGCUGUGCUGGCUGCAGAGCCUCGACUGCUCGUCCCUGUGGAUGUGGACUCCCUGAAGCCUUGCUAUGCCCUUUUAGAGGUCACUUACAAGGAGACUAAGUGGUAUGACGAGACAACAGUAGAACUGAUGGCUCCUACCUUGCUUCCUGAGCUGCAACUUCUCAAACGGGUAAAAGUGAAAGGACCACGUUACUGGGAACUGUCUGUAGACCUCAGCAAAGAAACACAGCAUCUAAAGUCCAUCUUGUUGAGAGAUGGGGUGUUGUAUGUAAAACUACGGGCUGGCCAGCUGCCCUACAAGGACGACCCUCAAGGUUGGAAGAGCCUGGUAGCCACCACAGUCAACCACCGCAGCUCUGGAGUCAAAGCCUUCAAGCCUGAAGCCAUCUCUACGUUCACCUCUGAGCCAGCUCUUGUCUCCUUUGCCGAGCUCUUCUGUAAAACUUCUGAAGGAAUGAAACAUAGAGAAGAUACUCUAGUGUUGUUCUCAGCUAUGCUGUACGAAUGUGUGACGCAGGAGUGUCCAGAGAUGCUGCCCACAUAUAUUGCUAUCGAGCAGGCAGUGUCAGCUCUGCGUCGGGGUGAUUUGCUGCAGACCUUUCCCUUGUGGCAGUUGCGUCUGGUAGUGGAACUGUGGGACAGCAGGAUGCAGCGAGGUCCUGCGAACCGCCGCGACACCCUGCUUACCUCUGAAUUUCUGCCGGUCAUGAAGAAUGCGGUGGAUGCCACACUCGACAGCUGGCUCAAAGAAAACAACUCUGUGUUGAGGACCUACAUGAAGGGAGAGGCACUCUCAAAGGACACCCAAUCGAUCAUGUUGGCCUGCUUCUUGGUGUACCGGUCAAUCCCCUACCUCAAGAACGCACACACACAGCUGGAGGGCUGCAGCUCACUUGGGGACUUACUGUUACUUAGCAGCCAGUUGGGCAUCCCUUUGAGAGAUUUGCUGAGGCUCGUACCUGUCCUUCUGGGUUCUGCAUCUGGACCACACACACUGCUGGGAUUUCCACUGCAAGCAUUUUGAUUGUGAUUCUCAGAACUCGUAAAUGGGCUGGUAACCUCUCAGAGAAACACUUCAAAGCCUUACACUGCUGGCACCCGUGGGACUGAUUUUCUACCUGUAACAGCUGCAAACAGGUGCAGCACGUGGGACAAAAUGUGAGCAUUAGACAUCUUUUGUCUAAAUGCAGCAUGGCUGCCUUGAAUGGAGAAGAACUGACUUUUUCCCUCUGAGGCUCUAGGAAAUGAAAUAACUAAAGUAAUUAUCUUUGUAACAUAUUUGUAUUUAGGUUGGUUUUUUUAUGGUAUAAAAAAGGUUUAGGCUGCAGUAAUCGUGCAGUUUAACCUUUUCAGAUGGUUACUCAGAAUUCCAGUGGCAGAUAGAACAGAAUGAACUGAUCAUUAUAAUUCAGCUGUUGUCAUAUACUAGUUUUCAAGCCGAGUUCAGUCCACUGGGUUGAGUGAACAUAAAAAGACAGAAAAGGCAAUAAAAAGCAGAAGUACCUGCACACUCCAUGAAUACUGUUUUUAUUCUAUGUCUUAAUGUGGGUGAAUGAGACUCCUCAACAUAAUCAGGACAUCAUCUGCCUUAUUGUUUCCUCUUUUUUAGAUCUCAUUAUGUCCACCACUUUGAAGAUACUCUUUUUGAAAAUGCUGCUGCAUUUCCUGUGUUUUUAUGUUUCUGACAAAGACCGGUUGCUUACUGCUCAUUAAACCCUCACAAGAACUGCAUUCAUCUUUUUUGAUGUGUUGUUGCCAGUGUCCGUCAUGCUUGUUUAUUUAGCUCAGAUCUUACUUUUGUGGUGCCAGCCUUGCAUCAGUGUGGAUAAGAUAAAGGUCGCUUUUUAAGUGAUGCGUGAAACAAAAUGGUCUGUGUUGUUUCAGGUGUCCUGCCACAUGAAAGAAAUCCCCUGAUCUUCCAGUGAUAGUUUUGUAGUAAAGCAAUGUCCUCCACAGGUGGGGCUCAGUUUGCUAGUUAUUUGCACUGUUACUUGCUUUAGUUUGCUUUGUGAAUCUUUACACCAACACAGAAACUGUGAUAUGGCCUGAGAACGUGAGGUCAGCAUCUAAUCCUCUAAAUUUUUGCCUUUAUUUAACCAAACCAUAACUCAUAAAACUGUGGAGGUAAUCUGAAUGGUCAGGUUAAAAUGUGCUAGUAGUAACAAAAAAACACAAUUUCUUAUGAAGUAAGUUAUGCUGGUGUUUUCUUGAAGACAUUUACAGAUUUUUGUGUUUCUGUUGGAUAUUUGAUGCUGAGCUUAGCCAGAAAAUCUGACACCCCAGACUGGGACUUUCCUUUGCAGUUCAUGACUGUAGCAUAAGUGCUUAAAAAUGCACUACUGCAUGUAGUGGUGGAAAUCCGAGUUAGUGAAAACUAACUGACCAUUUCUUGACGCUUUUCUCUUCCAAAGUGCUCACGGAGUCAGAUUUCUAUAAAACAGUUUCACCAACAAUGAGCAGAAAUAAAUUUUAUAUAAAUGAAACGGGUAAAGACAGAAAUUUGGAACAAAACUUAACUGAUGUAUAUCUUAAUGAUGAUAAUACUAACUGUGUUGGAUAUAUCGAAAUAAAAAUUUGGAGAAAAAUAGUAAAUAGAUUUCAUUAAAAGACUUUAAGGGACUGUAAGGUCACUAAUCCUCACAUUAAUAAGCUGCAACAGUGGCUCAGUGUGGUUCCCAGAUGCUUUUUCUGUAGUUGCUGGAGUGCCAUCAGGUUUUACGUUUUAUUAUCAAACUAGCCUAGUUAUGGUUGUCUAUUCAAAUGUGGAUUCAUUGCAAACAAGACCUUUUCAAUACCCAUUUUGUUCAAAUUUAAAUAAAUAUAUCCAGCUGCAGCCCACAUCCAAAGCAACAUUACACUUCCUGUUUACAACUCCCAAAGAGAUGUUAUUAAAUCAAUACUAACCCCUUUGUUCAUGUUUUUCUAUCAAUAUCUGGAUAUGUUUCUCUUCCACAAUGUGUGUGUCCCAGUAUUAUAGCUGGAAAAACCCCCACUUUAGCCUUUAAACUCUCAGAAAACUCUUGGAUUUUGAUUCCCAGCUGAGUAUGGAAAUCUUAAUGUCAUGUAGUUCCUGUGUGGGAGGGUUUGCAGUAUGUGUUUAGCUCAGUCUUAGAUCAUUUCUAACCAACAGCUCUAAGAACAUUCCAGAGCAAAUGGAAAACAUCCGAGCAAACAAGUGGCCCACACCCACCUCAUAGAGCUGCAACACACAGAGCAUGCUAGCAUCAAACUCUUCAGAUAAUAUAGUGAAGUUGUAGUUUUCUAUUUUUCAGCAAAUUCUUGCUUCCAUUUGCAAAAGUUGUAGACGAGUCAAACUUUCCAGCUUCCAACAAAUGCCAGUCAUUUCCCUUAUAUUUUGUUAAUUGAGUCAUUAUCCACAGAUAAGACAGGUUAUAAUAAAGGACCAACAAGUGUUCUAUUUUUUUAAUUUACUCUUCCUCAUUCUGAGGCUACAUGCUAUGGUUUGGGUGGACAAAACACAGGAUUUCAGGCAUCUGUUAAGCACUCCUUUGGCUGGUCCACCCACAUUUAAACACCAUUGUGUUUCCUGCUGUGCUAAACAAGCCUUUUCUGAUGGUUUAAACCUUGAAAAGGCUCUAAAAUAGCAACCAGACGUGACUCGCAUAGCUUUGAAGGAUGAAAAGACAUUUUCAGGGCCACGACUGAAGAUGUGGAGUUUUAUUUUGCUCAAGAAGACAAUUGUGGUCAUUCUAUUAUGUCUUUCUAAAAUAUUUCCUGGCUUUUAUCUGAAUUUGUCUGAACUGUUUGGGUGGAUAUGGUGCUUGAGUCUCCUUAAACACUAGUUCCUUUUCCCAUCACAAUGAGGCCCUUUCUUUAAAGAGACAUAAUAUAAAAACCACCUUUGUUGGUUAGCUUCUGUGUGCAUAGGAACCCAUGAGGAUUUGGACACUGACAUGAUUUUUGUAACUGUACCUCUUUACAUCACCACAGUGGAUUUCCAACAAGAUUUGAUGGAAAUGCAGACUCUCCGCUUUAAUUAAAUGGUUUAACAAAAGUGUCUUAGUAAUGUUUGUAUUCAUUUUAGUCAUUUUUAUACAUCGUCCCUCAUUUUCAGAGGCUGAGACAUGAUUCCUCAUGUCAUGUAUUGAGGCAUCUUUAAGUCAGAGCUUUGACUAGGCUUCUCCAAAAUCCUCAUUUAGAUUGUUUUUCUUUUGUUUGUUUUGUUUUUUUUGAGUAACUGAAAAAAAUGUAGACUUUCUGGUAUGUUUCGGAUCAUUAUUCUGCUGCAUAACCCACGUGUGUUUGAGCUUCAGGGCACAAACUGACCGACCAAUGGAAGUCUUCCUCAAUUGAUCUUCAUUUCAUUGCAGUUGCUAAAUCAACAUUGAAAUUUAUUCUCCUUUAAUGGGGCUUUCAAAAGCUCAUUGUCCAAAUACUUACCUACCCGAACAUUGGCAAGGGACUUUUUUUUCUGCUUCCAGCUUUGAAUGUUUUUCCACAUGUGUUUGUGUUUUGUUUUGUUUUCCACCAGGCUUUUAAAGUGGGCUAUGCUCAUAUGGGAAAGAGUAUUUGGUUGUUUUUUGUUGCCAUGUCCCACAAAUAAGACCUUACAAGUUUCCCAAUCCCCCUAACAUAUGAUGAUAUUGUUAACCAAUGGUAACUAAUUUCUAAAGCUAACCCAUGGAGAAUUGUCUCUCAGGUCUACUGAUUUAGUUACUUGUUGCUCACGGUUUUGGUUUAAAAAUGACACAAAAUGAAGCUCCCUAGUGAUGGAGUAUUUAGCAGCGGAUGGACAGCUAUUGAUAAUGCGUAAUGGGUAAUAGAUAAUGACAUGGGUAUUUCCCAGUGGGAAAUGAUAAUGAAACAGAAAGUAUCUUGCUCAGGUUAAUAAAUAUUUGAUCAUGAGUAAUGAGAGAAAUUUCCCUCAGGAAACAAUAUUGGCUCACUAAUAAUGAAUGCAUCCUUGUCUGCUGAACAUGUGAAUUAGUUGCUUGUAACAUGUUAACCAUGGUGUGCUUUUAAGCUAAUUAUAAUCAAUGUUAGCUUGCUAUGUUGACCCUAAGAGAAAUUAAAUGCAGCUUGCACCCUUCCUGCAUGUUUAUUUAUUUAGUUUUCACAUUCAUACUUACUGUUUCAAAUUAUCAAACAAAUUGUAAUAGUAGACAAAGAUGAACCUAGUAAAUACAAAAUGCAGUACCACUCUUGGCAACAAAAACUGCAAUCAAGCAUUGUGAUAACUGCCAAUGAGUCUUGCACAUCACUGUGGAGGAAUUUUGGUCCACCCUUCUUUGUAGAGUUAUUAUUAAUUCAGCCUCAUUGGAAGGUUUUCCAGCAUGAAUGACCUAACCUCACAUUGAGGCAUCUUUAAGUUAGUGCUUUGACUAGGCCACUCCAAAAUCCGCAUUUAGAUUGUUUGUUGAGCAACUCAGAGGUGGACUUUCUGGUAUGUUUCGGAUCAUUGUUUGCUACAUAACCCAAGUAUGUUUAUUAAGUUUCAGGGCACAAACUGAUGGACCAAUGGAAGUCUUCCUCAAAUGGUCUUCAUUUCAUUGCAGUUGCUUCUCCUUCAGGAUUUCUAGUUGAGGGCAAUAUUUAUCCUUCCAUCAGCUAUGGCAAGUUGUCCAGGUCCUGAGGCAGCAAUGCCCCGGAACAUCACGUUACCAUCGCCAUGUUUUACUCUUGGUUCGAUGAACUCCAUUUUUGCCUGAUCUCUUUCUUAUUGUCGGAUCAUGAAUACUGACCUUAACUGAGGCAAGUGAGGCCUGCAGUUUUUUUUAGAUGGUUUUCUGAGUUCUUUUGGGAUCCCUUGGAAUAAUUUUGGUAGAUUUUCAACUCUUGGGAAGGUACACAAUGUUCCAGUUUUUCUCUAUUUGUAGAUGAUGCUUCUCACAAUGGUUCACUGGAGUCCCAAAGCUUUAGAAAUGGCUUUGCAACCAUUUGCAUCUGUUCUGGAGUUCCUUUAGCUUGUGGCAUGAUGUGUUGAGUUCUGAGAUCGUUUAGUCUGCUUCAUGUUUUCAGACAGGUUCUAUUUAAGUGGUUUCUUGGUUCAGCAGGUCUGGCAGUAAUCAGGCAUGGGUGAGGCUAGCCACACUGAACUCGGCUUUCCCAAAUAUGUGGUGGUGUGGAUGCUUUUUUUCCCCUUAAUAAAUGUAAUGAUCUGUUAUCUUGGUGUGAUAUAUAUAUUUUUGAUUAUCUGAAGCACAAAAGUCUGGCAAAUAUGCAAAAAAU